AUGAAUGCUUCGGUUAUUGCCCCCCUGGGAAAUAUUUCCGGUUACCUGAAUUUUUCAGAGAAGAACUCACAGAUUUUGCAGUUUGAGGAUGAGGAUUGCCAUGUGCCUUUGGCCAUGGUUUUCACUUUGGCCUUGGCUUACGGGACUGUGAUAAUUCUGGGAGUCUCUGGGAAUCUGGCCUUGAUUGUCAUAAUUUUAAAACAAAAGGAGAUGCGCAAUGUUACCAACAUCCUCAUUGUCAACCUGUCCUUUUCUGAUCUUCUAGUCACCAUCAUGUGUCUUCCAUUUACCUUUGUGUAUACUUUAAUGGACCACUGGAUUUUUGGAGAGGCCAUGUGCAAAUUGAAUCCUUUCGUGCAAUGUGCCUCAAUCACUGUCUCAGUCUUUUCUUUAGUCCUCAUUGCUAUUGAACGCCAUCAGCUAAUCAUCAAUCCCCGUGGCUGGAGGCCAAACAACAGACAUGCCUACAUGGGGAUUGCUGCCAUAUGGAUUUUAGCCACAGCUUCCUCUUUGCCUUUUCUGAUCUACCAUGUGUUAACAGAUGAACCCUUCAGAAACAUAACAUUUGAUGAAUAUAAGGACAAAUAUGUGUGUUUGGACCUGUUCCCCUUGGACACUGCCAGGCUUUCUUAUACCACAACGCUUUUGGUGAUUCAGUACUUAGGACCGCUUUGUUUUAUAUUUAUUUGCUACUUAAAGAUAUACAUGCGAUUAAAAAAAAGGAACAACAUGAUGGACAAGAUAAGAGACAGUAAGUACAGAUCCUCUGAAACCAAAAGGAUCAACAUCAUGCUGAUCUCAAUAGUAGUCGCAUUUGCAGUUUGCUGGCUACCUCUCACCAUCUUCAAUAUUGUGUUUGAUUGGAACCAUGAAAUUCUGCCUGCUGCUACCUGCAGCCACAACCUGUUGUUCCUGAUUUGCCACCUCACUGCCAUGAUCUCUACCUGCGUGAACCCCAUCUUCUAUGGAUUUCUCAAUAAGAACUUCCAAAGGGACCUGCAGUUUUUAUUUCAUUUUUGUCAUAUCCGCUCCCAUGAGGAGGAUUAUGAAACUAUAGCCAUGUCCACAAUGCAUACAGAUGUUUCAAAAACCUCUUUAAAGCAAGCAAGUCCAGUUACAUUUAAAAAAUUAAAUAGCGAUGAUGAUGACAAAAUAUAA